UUUGGAGCUCAGACACAGGAACACAAGCCAGAGCCCCGGUCUCUCCAGGCCACCACAGGAUAUAAACUGCUGCCCGAAAGCAAACUCCGGAGAACUUCAGUAACCUCCAGGAAAGCUCUGAGGUUAGGGAGGCUAUCGCAGCCAAAGAAGACAUGCGGAGUCUGCUGGCACUGCUGAUUGUGACUCUGGCCCUGGCAACGCCCUGCUAUUGUGAGAAAGAUCCCAAAGACCCCCCAGGAUCUCCCAAUGCUGCCAGCAUCAAGAUUACAAAGGAAGUUGCCAAUGCCUUUGUGAAGAGGCAGAAGAGGUCCACCCUGUAUGAACGGUACUUUGAGUAUUACAAAAGCCCAAUGGAGCAGAUGCAUGAGCGUUGUGAAAACUACCCGCCCUGUGACUAUCUCUCUGACCAAAUAGGAUUUUCCAUGGCCUACAACCAUUUCUUCGGGAGAUACUAAGGAUGGGAUGGUGACUUCGCUCAUUUUGCUUGGGACCAUUCUGAACCCCACAGGAGAAAGAAGAUUGCGGGUGGGAAAGAGGGGAAAAAACCAUCUAGACUUCAGUAGUCUCCCUAACCAGCUAGAACAACAAGGCAAUAAUUAUCCCACUUGUUUAGCUUUCAUUAGCUUUCUUCCUUUCAUCAAAAAUGUUUCUCUUCAGUUGUCUUCUGUGGUAUUUUGAGCUUCACCAGAAAUGAUUGAGAAGACCUCCUUCUAUUUGAAUCCUCAUGAUGCAGCAGGUGAAAAAGCUGAUUCCUCUCAAGAAAAUCAAUGUACGCCUUAGAAACAUAGCAAGACUUUUUGUCCGCUUCUACAAAAUGCAGGAGGAUUGUAGGAGAAUGUCACAGUGAUGUAAAUGUGAUGGAUCUGAUCCUGAGGUACUCACUGGGAAGAAGGUGGAACAGCUACCUCCUGGUACAAUGAGCGGGAAAGUUCAAUAUUUUCAGGUGGAAUAAUCACUGUAAACAUGUGCCAAUGUGGGAUCAUUUUGUUAGGUUAGAAGUGUGGAAAUACUACCAUAUAGACAGAAAUCUAGUUCCGGUACACUCUUCUGAUUAUUCUGUCACAAAAUUUCCCUGUAUAUCAAUAACAGAUAAAUACCUAAAGGUGUUUUUGAGGAGUCCUUUCAGAUGAGCUCUUCUGUUUGUAUGGUGCAUUCACUGACUGUCUGUAAAAAGCAACUUGGAAAUUUCUUAUUGUCUUUGUUACAAUUGGUUUCUGGUGAAACUGAAUAUACCCAAGAAGAACAAAAAAUCAACUGUUCCUCUCCAAUGCUUUAGCACUUAUGCUUGAAACUAGAAGUGUCUAAACAUCUCCAAAAAAAAGCAAGCAAACAAAAAGAAAGCGAUAAACUUUAUGAAAUAAACAAAAAGAAUAUCAGUUCAAGAAUGGAUUCAAGUUGGGUCAGCAUUUGGUUUAUUCAAGGCAGCUUGUAUCUCUCUGGUAUAAAUACACAUAAAAUACAUAUGUGCGCAUUUAUAUACAUAUCCUCUUUCUAGUGCACUACUUAAUUCUAUCUCCCUGUAUGAAUAUUAUAGCCUAGCAACUUUCUGCACAGCCUCCCUUGAUGUGCUGUGUCAGCUUUCCUUCCCUGAGAGGUAGAUGGCAGAUCCCAUUUCCAAGGUCAGGGAGUGCUGAGCCUCAGGAGACUGAGAAAGACUGAAUCUCUCUGGCUGUGUGUGAGCUGGUGCAGCCAUCCCCAGCUGCUGACUGCAAUAAAUACUGCUUACAUAAAGCAGGUUGGUGUGCUGCUUCUCUCUGUUCCUCUGCACACCUUUAUCUGCAGUUAAAGACAGGCCUGGAAGGUAAAGCCUGCUCCUGUGAACCCUGAGGAGCAGGAUCCAGGUUCAUUCUUCUAGAUUUCUUUCUCCCCUCCUGUGCCCCAGUGUGAACCAGAGGUGACUACAUUGAAAUUCAGGUCAUGAUCCCAGUACACAGUGACAGUGAGGGAGAGGAGGGCCAGGCUUUUCCUGAUUCACCAUCUACUGAGUUCAGCAUUUCUCGAAAAGACCUUGCCCUGAAGUAAGGACAUGGGAUAAGUCCACAGGGAUGGCCACCAGCGUGAGCGUGAGCAUCUCUUGUUUGGCAAACUGCUGUGACUUGCAUCGGCUAUGCUGACCUUGGCCAAGAAGUUAAUAAGUUAAUAAUAAGCAGUUAAUAAGUACCUCUGCUUGUCUUGGUCAAACACCUGGGACUAGUUCCCCUAUUGGCAUGAACUGAUGGGGCUUCACUGCUCAUAACGGACCUCUCCUCUGAACACCAUCUAGUAAAAAUGACAAAGUGCUCAUUGAAAGGAAUGAAAAUUUUGCCGGGAAAAACACCAGAGAGAUUAGGGAAAUCCUAGUAUCUGCUGUACUAACAAGUUAGGGGUUUUGCUGUUGUAUGGUUUUAUUUGCUAAACAAGAAAAUCAAGCUUCCUGUCUAUAUUUGCAUGUUUCUGUAUAUAUUCCCUUUCAGUAAAUAUUUUUUUCUGGGAAGUUGCACAGAAAGGCCUUGAUCAUGUCAUCUACCCUGCGUCGCCAGAUCUUUAUAUGAGCUGAAGUCAUUAUGGCCUUUGAGGAUCUGAGUGCACAAAUGAGAUUACAAAUUUACUGCUGGACUGGGGAAGCUCGAUUUUCACCUGAUCGAUGCAGAUUUAAGUACCAUUAUGAAUCCUCUGCUGCCAUCUUAUGGACAUUAUUUUUAUCACCAUGCGAUAAAUACAUCGCUUUAGAAGUGUUUGAAAAUGCAUAUUCAGUGGGCUUUCUUCCUCAUUCACCUCAUAUUGCAACAUAUGCUAAGAAGCCUGAAGGGAAAAAUAGGGACAUAAUCUGCAACUGGAUUAUAUACAGGUGAAUUUACAUUCUAGUGGGGCUGUUUAUCUUGGUUUUCAAGUUCCUGAUGGAGCCUGACACACUUUAGCUCCUUUUUAUCUCUACAUGAAUAAAAGAGGAGAUGCCUUUGAAUAAAUUCACAACCUCUUCUCUGGACUCACUUUUAGCAGUCAAAAUAAAGCCCAAGAUGACAGAGCAAUUCCAAGAAGGAGAGGUAGAUGGGCUGCAUUUAUCAGUUUGCAUCAUCCUUCACGUCAUCAUCUCCUAUCACCAGUGGCUGCAGAUACUGUCAGCAGCAUCAGCUGGUAAAGUGUUAUAGACCACUUUGAAGGGAACCCAGUGUGAGACCUUUAUGUGAUCUCUCACCCUGUUUCAGCAAUAUUCAGCAAAUGCUUUCUGUCCACAGAAUCCCCGCAGCUGCAACAAACGCCCCUUUUCCCAGGGAAUCUGGGACUGCAAAUCCCGUGACUGCAAGUGUCCCCCUCCCCCAGCCUAUCACUAACAGGCAAUGGAAAAUGGACUUCACUUCUCUGU